CCCCCGGGGAGACAGUGGCAAGAUGGCGUCCCUGGAUCGGGUGAAGGUACUGGUGUUGGGAGACUCAGGUGUGGGGAAAUCUUCACUAGUUCACCUUCUGUGUCAAAAUCAAGUACUAGGAAAUCCCUCAUGGACUGUGGGGUGCUCAGUGGAUGUCAGAGUUCACGACUACAAAGAAGGAACCCCAGAAGAGAAGACUUUCUACAUAGAACUGUGGGAUGUUGGAGGCUCUGUGGGUAGUGCCAGCAGUGUGAAAAGCACAAGAGCAGUAUUCUACAAUUCUGUAAAUGGUAUUAUUUUAGUGCAUGACUUAACAAAUAAAAAGUCAUCUCAGAACUUGAGUCGUUGGUCAGUGGAGGCUCUCAAUAGGGACAUGGUGCCAACUGGAGUCUUGGUGACAAAUGGUGAUUAUGAUCGGGAGCAGUUUGCUGAUAACCAAAUCCCACUGUUGGUAAUAGGAACAAAACUGGAUCAGAUUCAUGAGACCAAGCGCCAUGAAGUUUUAACUAGGACUGCUUUCUUGGCUGAGGAUUUCAAUGCAGAAGAGAUUAAUUUGGAUUGCACAAAUCCACGGUACUUAGCUGCAGGUUCUUCCAAUGCUGUCAAGCUCAGUAGGUUUUUUGAUAAGGUCAUAGAGAAGAGGUACUUUUUAAGAGAUGGCAAUCAGAUGCCAGGUUUUCCUGAUCGAAAACGAUUUUUGGGAGGAACGUUUAAGAGCCUUCAUUAUGACUGAUGUACCUUCAUAAUGACUGAAGUACCCUCAUCCCUUGGAAGAAAGAGCAUGCAGUGGCAGUUGUCACAGCUUUCCUUUUGCUGUGUCAAUUAUUUACAUCUCGGCCUUUUGAUGGAAGCAUCUUUAAAAUGCUACCCUUUAGCCUUAUCCUUUAAUGGAAAAAUGAAAGGACAGCACAACGGGGGGAGAUCCAAGCUCCGUCCCCGUUCUUUGUGCUCCCCACCUUUCUUCUGCCCCUGUUUAUAGAUCAUGUGACAGCCUGGUGAAAAUAGGAGGUGUUUUCACAAGGAUGCAGUAAAUGAGCAGUGAUAAGGUACUGCAGAGAAAAUUUACUCCGGCUUGGAACUGAAGGGCUUUCUUUACGAGUCUGUAAUUUUCCCACACUCAUUGCUGAAGGCUAAAUUAAGUACUUCAAAGAAGUAUCUCUGUUAUUUUACCUUCUUGAGGGGAAAGGUUAGGUAACCAGUCCCAAGUUGUCCACCUCAAAUAAUCUCCCUCAUUUUCAAAGAAGCCAAAUGGUGUUAUUUAAUUGUCUCUACCCUCAUUACACAACAGGGAUGCCUAAAAAUAGUAACCCUCUCCUUUACUUUCUAAAUGGCUUGGUGGCUGAGAGGGACAGACUAAUAGCUGGAGUUAAAUAUAAAUAGAGAUUAAUAAUACAUAGAGAACAGCAGGACCAGAAAAGAAGAAUUCUGUGAUAAACUGACAGCUUCUUCAUCCUUUAGGUUGCAGCUGUCUGCAGGCUCAUAAUGUUUUCUGUUUGGAUAUGGUAGGAAGAAAUCUAAAACCUGCACAAGGGCAGUAAGAGAUUGGAUGUUUACUCUUUGAUGUUUACGUUUUUCAAGGAAAUUCAACUCCUGACUUGUCCCUUAGCUAUACUCAGAAAACUAAGAAUAUGAUUUUUAUAUCAAAAAAACAAUGUAUUUAUGGGGGAAAAGUGAAAAUAAGCAACAUUUAUAUGAAUUAUGAACUAGGAUUCUUAGUGUUCAUCGUCACUAUAAAGCUCUCUGCAUGUGUGUGUGUGAGAUCACCUGUGUUCUUUCCCUCUGUGCUGCAGUCCUCUGCUCUCCUGAUUUUACUUCAUAUUAAAAGUAAUCAUUUUCAUUCUUGUUUUAAAAUGAGGUGAAAAAGAACUAAAUUCAUUUUCUCUUCCACGUUAAUUAAAUUUUAGAAGUACUCUGGAAGCCAAGGUAUGCUGAGAAAGGAUAUUAAAAUGUU